AUGGCUGAAACUCCAAUCCAGCAGUCUGUCGCCGCGCCAGUAUACAUUCUCCGCGGCCAUAAGGCCCCGAUACACGCUCUGCACGUCUUCUCCCAAAACCUGCGGCUCGUAUCUGGAGACGCCGAGGGCUGGGUAGUCAUCUGGGAUCUAGUCACCAAGCGACCCGUCACAGUGUGGAAGGCACAUGAGGGUGCAGUCCUUGAACUCAAGGGCUUCCAGGUGGCUGCAGGAGGGUCCGAAAUUUAUACACAUGGGCGCGACCACAAACUCUGUGUGUGGAAGCUUCGCGCAGAAGAUGAGGACUUUCUCAGCAAGACUUUGCCGGUUGAUGUUUCAGAAUCGGAGCGCUCGGAAACUGCCACUCAGCCAUGGCUGCUUCAUUCCUUGCCUGUUAAUGCAUUGAAUUUCUGUGCAUUUUCCAUGACUUUCUUGGACAUCUCGAACAGCAAGUCUGCACAGCGCGCCCUAGAGCAAACACCUUCGCGGAGUGUCUUGUUUGCUGUCCCAAAUGCACUUGAUUCUGGCGGAAUCGAUGUCUUCCAUCUACCAUCUGAACGCCGUAUCACCACCAUCGCCUCGGACCCAUCAACCAAGACUGGAAUGGUGAUGGCUGUCAAUAUGUUCGUGUCACCUUCCGGAGAUGUAUACGUUGCUUCUGCCUACGAAGACGGCCAUGUCAUGGUUUUCGUCCACAAGGGCCCUCUCACACCCGCCAGCUUUGAGAUUGGCACCAUUGCUGCAAAUCCUUGGAAGUGGGAUAAAUUAUAUGCCAGCCGCCCGCAUAGCCAGCCUGUCCUAUCUCUUGACGUUUCCUCUACGCGUGACUACUUUAUUACGUCUUCUGCUGAUGCUCUGCUCAUUAAACAUCCGAUCCCCAGUCCAAAUUCCGCUGGCUAUACCCCAACAGCUAAUUUCACGGAAGAUAAGCCUCUCAAGACGGUCAACACCAAGCAUUCUGGUCAGCAGGGACUGCGCAUGCGCAGCGACGGGAAGAUAUUCGCGACUGCUGGCUGGGACAGCAGGGUCAGAGUGUACUCGGGCAAAACGAUGAAAGAACUGGCUGUGCUCAAAUGGCACAAGGAAGGAUGCUACACUGUCACGUUUGGAGACGUAAACCCUUUCUCUCAAUCAACAACUUCUCAAAUUCAAGCAGCGAUUACUCCGAAAGGGGCAACUGAAUUGGGCCCGGGGCGAGUUCUCAGCACCCAGAGCCCGUCACUCGCAGCUAUCCAUAACCAACGAAAUGAGAAAGUACAAAGGACACAUUGGCUAGCAGCUGGAUCCAAGGAUGGAAAGAUUUCAUUAUGGGAUAUCUACUGA